GGCGUCGUAUCAAAGAGAACCCGGCGGCAAUUCCAUCCCAGUUGCGCUCGCUCUUUCUUUCUUUCAUGGUAGAAGAAGAAUGAGAUCUCACCAUCAAGGAGGUGGCCGCAGCAAGCUAACGAUUCUUCAACUCCUAUGCGCCGUCGCAGUUUUCUCCGUUCUCCUCUUCACCAUCCAAUCUUCCUUCUUCGCAGAUAGCAAAGUAAAUAUUCUUCGCCCGGAGGAUAUUCAGAUCUUAUCAGAGUUUCAGUCCAGCGUUCAACAGUGCGUGGGGGACAGAGGGCUUGGACUCUCUGCUCAUAUCAUUGAUCACUGCAAUUUGAUCCUUAAGUUCCCUCAAGGCACUAACAGCACUUGGUACAAUGCACAGUUUAAAAUUUUUGAACCGCUGGAGUUUAAGUAUAAUGUUUGCGAGGCUGUUCUCCUAUGGGAGCAGUACCGCAAUAUGACAACAGUGUUGACAAGAGAAUACCUUGAUGUACGCCCUGAUGGAUGGUUGGACUAUGCUGCUAUGAGAAUUGCACAGCUGGGAGCUGAUAAGUGUUAUAAUCGUACAUUGUGUGAGGAGCAUCUUAAUGUGAUCCUUCCAGCGAAGCCUCCUUUCCACCCACGACAGUUUCAUAAGUGCGCCGUCGUUGGGAAUUCAGGCGAUCUGUUAAAAACAGAGUUUGGAGAAGAGAUUGACAGUCAUGAUGCUGUAUUCCGAGAUAAUGAAGCUCCUGUCAAUGAGAAGUAUGCCAAGUACGUAGGUGUGAAAAGGGAUUUCCGGCUAGUUGUUCGUGGUGCGGCUCGUAACAUGGUUAAGAUUCUCAGUGGGUCUGACUCUGAGGUGCUUAUAAUCAAAAGUGUGACCCACAGAGACUUCAACGAAAUGAUAAAGACUAUACCAAACCCUGUUUAUCUUUUCCAAGGAAUUGUCCUACGUAGAGGUGCCAAAGGAACAGGGAUGAAAUCCAUUGAACUUGCACUGUCCAUGUGCGAUAUUGUCGACAUAUAUGGUUUCACCGUCGAUCCUGGAUACACAGAGUGGACGCGUUACUUCUCCACGCCAAGGAAAGGGCAUAACCCAUUACAAGGAAGAGCAUACUACCAACUUCUAGAAUGCCUUGGUGUAAUCCGGAUCCAUUCUCCCAUGAGGUCCGAGAGAAAGGAAGACUGGUCGAGCGUGCCAAGUCGUGAAACGAUAACCCGAGCUCACGCCUCCGCCUUACGCCUACAAAGGAGCCAACAGACAACUAAUUUGAAGAGUGAUGGGUUAGGACAGUUCGGUAAUUGCAAGGUGUGGGGCGAUGCAGACCCUAGAAAAGGACCCGUUUCGGGAUCUCCAGACAUGAGUGAGGUUAGGAAGAAGUCAGAUUACAAGAAGUGGGAAGUGAUGCCGUUUAAGAGCUUGAGAAAAGAAGCAAGGGAUCACUAUGUACAAAUGCAAGGCGUGUCACAGUACAAGAUGGAUGGGAAUAAACUUGACGAUCUUGUUUGCGUGAGGCAUCGUCCGCUAGAAUCAGAGACUUAAAUGUUGUUUUUUCAAUACCAUCGUUGGCUGAUAAAAGUAGAGUGUAAUGUUUUUUGUUGAAGCAGUCUCUUCGUUAAUAUCAUUUUAUUCCUUCACGGAACUUUUCA